AUUGAAUUUAGAAAAAUCUUAUUAAAGAGUAAAGACGCUUGUUUUCAUAGUUUUCCAUGGCUAAUAAAGACCUUAUUGUAAAGAAAACUCUGUAUGCUGGUACCAAAGAAGUUUCUUUCAAAAAUGGAACAAAAGUUCAUUUUCACUUCCAAACAAGAUUGUGUGACAAUAGCAAAACUUUAAUUGACGAUUCCAGGAAAAUGGGCUCUGGAAAACCCUUUGAAUUAGUGUUGGGUAAAAAGUUCAAAUUAGAAGUAUGGGAAGCAAUUCUUCAAAAAAUGGCAAUAGAUGAAGUAGCACAGUUCACCAUAGAUAAAAGUCUUGUUGUACAGUAUCCUUUUGUCUCAAAAACAAUAAGAGACAUUCAUAGGCCCAAAGAGGAGAGAAAAACACAUUGUUGUGCAAUGACUCUACAGAAUGAGGGUAUUGGUUACAAUGAUUUAAAUGAUUUAUUGAAAAAUCCGGUAGAUUUGGAAUAUAUAAUAGAAUUGCUAAAGGUGGAACAACCAGAAGAGUAUGAGAAAGAUUCAUGGCAAAUGGAAGAAGAAGAAAGAAUUGAUUUGAUUCCACAACUUAGAGAACAAGGAAAUUUGGAGUACAAGAAGAAGAAUUAUGAUAAAGCUGCUGAAUUAUAUGCAAAAGCAGUUGGUAUGCUAGAACAACUGAUGCUCAAGGAAAAACCCCAUGAUACAGAAUGGAAUGACCUAGAUAAACAGAAGAUUCCCAUUCUUUUGAAUUAUGCACAGUGUAAAUUGAAUGAAGGAGACUAUUAUGCUGUCAUUGAACAUUGCACAACAGUGAUCAAGUCAGAUAAAAAAAAUGUAAAAGCAUAUUUCAGACGAGCAAAAGCACAUGUUGGUGCGUGGAAUGUUCAUGAAGCAAAAAUAGAUUAUGCCAAGGUAAUUGAACUUGACAAGUCUCUAGAAGUGCUGGUGCAAAAAGAAUUAUGUCAACUUGAAAAGCAAAUCAAGAUUAAGGAUUCUGAAGAUAAAGGGAAACUGAAGAAUUUAUUCACUUGAAUGGACGUAACUACAUGAUCCACUGUUUUUAAAGAACUGAUUCUUACAUCGAGUAUUGUAUAAUAUUUGAAAUACACAGAUCGUUUUUUUUAUCUUUCUCCUGCUCUCUCACCAUUGGGUUUUCGUGAAUAGAAGUGAUACAAAGUUGGUUGCAUUCAAUAAAGUUGUAUAUUUGAUGUUGUUUAUAUAGUGGAAAUACCAAAAGUGACUUUAUUUAUCUGUUACACUCAUUAACUGAUCCCUCUGGAACUGAUAAUUAAUCAAAUUGUGGUAUACAACACACAACCUAAAUGACAAAAAAUGAAAAAGAUAAAAUUGCCAAAUUUUACACAAUACAUACUGUUUUUCAGGUUUUUCUGUUCCAAAUAAAAUCAGAUCCAAUUCCUUCACAAAUUGAUAUUCAGCAUAAGAAUAACUGAAACUCUUUUUAAUCCAUGUCUUUGUAUCUUCACUACUUUCCGAAAUUUCUAGGGUCUAGACUGAUAAAGACCUGCAAUGAUGGGAGAUGAAAUACUAAUAUGAUACAGCAAAUUGUGAAAAUAUAUGUUGGUUUUUCUGUUAA